AUGGAACGCGAAGGGAUGGAGGCGGAAGGCAUGCUGAGGGACAAGCCCUCGAAGGAGACGACUUGCGGGAUAUGGUGCUUCAAGGGGGCCUGGAUCCAGAGGUUCGCAAACUACAAGGCCUACGUGCUCCUCUACGGCAUGUUGGGGUGCAUGUUCACCGCCUCCUAUUCCUACGCCGGGGGUAUCUUCACGACCAUGGAGAAGAGGUUCAGGAUUCCCAGCCAAACCAUGGGUAUAAUCAGCGUAGGUAAUGACAUAAGCCAGAUCUUCGUUCUGACGGUGUUCAGCUACUACGUGGGCAAAGGACACAGACCCAGAUGGAUCGCCGUGGGUAUUUACACUGUCGUCAUCUUCUGUAUGUUGAACGCAGGACUAUACUUCAUGUUCGGACCCGGCCAGGAUGCCAUCUCUCUCACGUACGAGUAUGGCAAUCUGAACAACAUCACCGAGCACUCAAAUGAUAAGAAGAUAAUCUGCCAGGAGAAUUCUACCGUGACAUGCGAAACUUCCGAUGGUAACGAAUGGGGUCCACCAUUAACCUUAUUUCUGGCACAAUUGAUUUCCGGUUUCGGAGGGUCUCUCUUUGGCACCCUCGGAGUAUCAUACAUGGACGACAAUACCAAAAAAUCAAAGUCUCCUGCUCUUUUCAGUAUUUCUCAGUGCUUGAAGAUGUUCGGUAACGUGAUAGGUUAUGGACUGGCUUCGAUCUGCCUCAACAUCUAUAUCUCUCCAUCUUUGACUCCGAGAAUCACCAACACAGACCCUCGAUGGUUGGGAGCUUUCUGGAUAGGUUGGCUCAUUCUGGGAGUGGCCAUGUUCAUCCUUGGUUCUUUGGUCGGCCUCUUCCCGAGAACACUACCGGAAGCCGCACGAAGGAAAGAGAUGAGAGAAAAGACCGAGCCAACAGACGAGCCUGCAUCAUUGCGUGAUUUUAUGGCAACGUUCAUUCGCUUGUUUAAAAACAAAGUGGUGAUGUGCAAAACAAUUGGAGGUGUGAUGUAUGUCUUCGGCUACCUGCCCUACUGGAUGUAUAUGCCCAAGUACUUCGAGGUCAUCUUCAAGCAGUCGGCAGCUGUUGCCAAUUUGGCUACUGGUUUCGUCGGCCUCAUCUGUUCUGCAAUCGGCAUCCUCAUAAGCGGGUUCUUCAUUUCCAAGUUCAAACCUAAAGCUAGGACGCUCUCAAUGUGGGGCUUCAUCGUCAAAAUCAUCACCAUCUGUGGCUUCAUCGUUUACAACCAACUUGGCUGCGCCAUCAAUGAUGUACAGGGAGACAUCUCAGCUUCCGGAGAAUUGAACGCUACCCAAGCCUGUAACGCUGCCUGCAAUUGCGAAUACGUCAAGUACAGCCCUGUCUGCGCCUAUGGCAAGUCUUUCAUCUCGCCCUGCCACGCCGGCUGCAACGAUACAAUGCGCAUCAACGGCACCAAUGUUUUCACCAACUGCGCAUGCGUCAACGAAUUCGACGCUAACGGUGUCCAGCUACCUCAAAUCGCAAUGCCCGGCAUCUGCCCAAUCGACUGCAGUGAUCAAUUCAAAUUGUUCCUCGUGGUUGUAUGCAUUUUAAAACUGAUAGGAGCCACUGCGCAAACAUCUAACUUCAUUGUAUCGAUGAGGAGCGUGGAAGAGCGAGACAAAACUGUUGCUAUGGGCUUCGGCAUGACGAUGAUUACUGUGUUCGCGUUGAUCCCGGCGCCUAUAUUCUUCGGCAGAGUUAUAGAUAGCACAUGUUUGGUCUGGGGUAAAACAUGUACGUCGAAAGGAAACUGCUGGCUCUACGAUGCUCAAAAGCUGAGAUACUUCAUUAACGUCAACGCAGGAGGAUUUCUGGCAGUGGGGUUGAUAUUCGCUCUAGCGGCAUGGUAUUACGUUAAAGACGUCCAAAUUUUCGAUCCAGAAGAGGAAAAGAAGAAGGUGAAAUUCGAAAUAAUCGAACUGGAAAAAGAUAAAGAAAAGGAAAAGGAAAAAGAACUCAAACAAAUAUGA